UCCUGGAUGUGGAUGGUAGAGUAUAAUGGAAAAACUAUAAGCUUUCCAGUAGAAGAGUCACAUAGAGACUGGUUCAGCUCUGUGGUUCAUGUUACCUGUUGGCACCUGCACGCAGCGUUCAGAAGUCAUACAACAUGGAGUAUGAGUUGAUGUGCGUGUCUCUGGCUCAUGGAAAGCAACAGGUGAUGAGGGAAAGGGGACAGACCACACCCUGCAGGGAGUAGAGAUAGGUAAACAAGAGCAGCUCUGGUUCCCUCGCUUCAUCACACAGACAACAUACGUUCACUAAUGAUCUCAACAACUUCCAGCACAGCAGAGAUGGUUACACAAGGUAAACUGCAGAUCAACACUGUGGAACAUGUCGAAGACAAAAACUCAGGGAGACUGGGAUGUUUCGGUUGGCUGUUGGUCCUCGCAUCCCUCCUCUUUAUAAUAGCAACCUUCCCGCUUGCAAUAUUUAUGUGUGUGAAGAUCGUGAAUGAAUACGAGCGAGCCGUCAUUUUCAGACUCGGCCGGAUCACAGACAGGAAGCCUAAAGGGCCAGGACUUUUCUUUGUUCUGCCCUGCACUGAUAACUUUGUGAAAGUGGAUCUGAGAACUGUGUCCUUUGACAUUCCUCCACAAGAGAUCCUCACCAAAGACUCAGUGACAGUGUCUGUGGAUGGCGUGGUGUACUUUCGCAUACACUGCCCGAUCUCAUCUGUGGCCAAUGUCUCCAGCGCACACUCGUCUACUCGCCUGCUGGCUCAAACCACCCUGAGGAAUGUGCUCGGUACCAAGAACCUUGCAGAGCUGUUGUCUGACAGAGAGGGCAUCUCAGUCAGCAUGCAGGAAGCUCUGGAUGAAGCCACUGAUCCGUGGGGUAUUAAGGUGGAGCGUGUGGAGAUCAAGGAUGUGAAGUUGCCUCAGCAGCUGCAGAGAGCCAUGGCAGCGGAGGCAGAAGCCAGCCGGGAGGCCAGAGCCAAGAUCAUUGCUGCAGAGGGAGAGAUGAAGGCCUCCCGGGCUCUGAAAGAAGCCUCUCUGGUGAUCGCUGAGUCGCCCUCUGGCCUCCAGCUGCGAUACCUGCAGACGCUCAACACCAUCGCAGCAGAGAAGAACUCAACCAUCAUCUUCCCUCUGCCCAUAGAUAUGAUGCAGAAUUUCAUGCAGAGGAAGUGAUGAAUCUCAGAGCCAGCAAGUCCUAUAAGAGCUUAAUUGAGGCAGAUUCGUACUAUUGUUGUUAUAUAUUAUUACAGUUACAAGCCUCUGUGGUAUCUCUUUUAGAUGUGGUCCAAGAGCACUCUGCUCACUUCUCAAAGGACCAGUGUGUCGGAUUAAGUGUCAUCUGAAUAACCCUUACCCCUCCCUUUCCAAGUGUAUAGGAGAAGUAUGGUGGCCUUUAGCUAACAGGGAAAAAGGUGUUUGGCUUGUCCAUUCUGGGCUUCUGUAGAAACAUGGUGAUGUAACAUGGCAGGCACCGUGAAAGAAGACCCACUCUGUGUGUAAAUAAGCUAAUGAAAACACAACAAUUAUUAGCUUCAGGUGAUUAUACACCAAUGAAAUCAUAAUUAUGAAUAUUAUAAUCCAUUUAUGCCACUAGAUCCCCUGGAAUCCUAAACACUGGUCCUAAUUAUAUAAGAGCUCUGUGUCAUAAUUAUAUAUUUAAAGAUAUAUCCACUCCAAAUCUCACUUUUGUACACUUAUUUUCUUAUUGUGAUUUAAUACUUAAAUACAAAGUGCAACAUAUACAGUAUAGAUGUUAGUGUCUCAUCACUGACCACAAUAAUUUAACCAGCUAAGCUACAGUUGCAGUUCUGGGGGAGGACAAAUAAAUAAAUAAAUAUAUGAAAUGCACAAGAAAUGUCAAACAAAAAAAUAAUGCACAACAACCUUAUAAAGACAUGCUUUCAUAUAAACUUA